AUUUACGCAUGCGUCGAGCGGACCAGGCGGUGAGGGGAAACCUCGCGAGAAGAAGCGGCGUGAUGACGCAACAAUCCGGAAGGGUCUGGAGAACCCGGAAGUGGUAGCUGCAGGGGCUGGGUCCAGGAUGGACGAUACACUCUUCCAGCUGAAGUUCACAGCAAAGCAGCUGGAGAAGCUAGCCAAGAAGGCUGAGAAGGACUCAAAGACUGAGCAAGCCAAGGUCAAGAAGGCCCUUCAGCAGAAGAACGUAGAAUGUGCUCGUGUCUAUGCAGAGAAUGCAAUCCGGAAGAAGAACGAAGGGUUAAACUGGCUUCGGAUGGCUUCCCGAGUGGAUGCAGUGUCCUCCAAGGUCCAGACAGCAGUGACCAUGAAGGGGGUGACUAAAAAUAUGGCUCAAGUGACCAAGGCCUUGGACAAAGCUCUGAGCUCCAUGGACUUGCAGAAGGUCUCGGCGGUGAUGGAUAAAUUUGAGCAUCAGGUUCAGAACUUGGAUGUUCACACUUCGGUGAUGGAGGACUCCAUGAGCUCUGCUACCACCCUGACCACGCCGCAGGAGCAGGUGGACAGCCUCAUCGUGCAGAUUGCCGAAGAGAAUGGCUUGGAGAUCAUGGACCAACUCAACCAGCUCCCCGAGGGGGCUUCGUCAGUGGGGGAGAGCUCUGUCCGCACCCAGGAAGACCAGCUGUCCCGAAGAUUGGCUGCCUUGCGGAAUUAAAGUCUCCCAUUGUUCUGGAGGAUUGCUGUUCCCCUACUGAUCAUGCAUCGAGUGGGGAGAUGGGGGAGACCCUCCCCCAAACCUCCCACUCCAUCUCUUCUCUGGCCUUCUGCUAGCAAAACCAGAACCAGCCAGUCACUCCUUCAGCUGCCUGUUGCUCUGUGGUGGACUCUCUUUGGUCUUUUUCGAUGAUGACUACUUCCUGAAGAGGCAGCAGGAAGAGACGUUGGAGGAGGUUUGCUGAGUGAGCGUGACCUUGCUCUGGGCUUUGGUGGCAGGGUGUUCAGGGCUCUUGUCUUUAAAGCAGUGCUAUCACUCCCCCUCUGCAUCCUGGGCCUCUAGGGGGAGUGAAGAUGCUGCUUUGAUUCUAACACUACAUGGAGAUCUUGUUGAAAGGGGAAGUGCAUGUUCUGAUGGGACACUGGGGGCCUGACCAUCUCCGGAUGGCUGUAUGUCUAGCAAAUGUGUAGUGCAUCUUUAUCUCCACAUCCUGUACAUUGCCUCUCUUAGCCACAAUGUGCUUUGCUGUGGAUGACCCUCUACCAACAGCUUGCAGCAGGUAGUGCCACAGAUCCUUUCCAUUUCCAUCCAAGCCCCUUUCUUCCCCACUGCCUCUUGUAGCGGGGGGAAGAGAUGCCCGCUUGGGGUGUAUAUAUGGAUUGGUAGCAUUUCAUGGGCAUUUCAGCUGCCUUGGAUGAAAGGCGCAAAUCUGUGUAAUGGUGUCUCUUACUCUAACAUCCAUAUUCCCAGUUAUCUGCUCGUCCCUGGUGCAGCGCAGCAUUGAGACAAUAGGGACCCCAGUGGUGAUGCCCAGUGUGCAGGGAUCUCGCUUUGCCAACUCUUAGCCCUUGCGCUGCUUGUCACGUUGCCCGCCCUGGAUUUUCUCACCAUUAAGUGACCUUUGAGAAGUUUGCCUCCACAGUCACACGCUGUGACCGCUGAGAUCUGGCCAGGCGAGAUGGGAUUCUUCGUGCACACCACCCCAGGGGUGAAACUGGCCUGAGCUGCUCCAACCCGGCAGCAUUCAAGGUGCAGCGCUGUCUGCUGGGAACUGGUCUGUCUCCAAGCUCUGUCGCUGGCAGCACUGCAGCAGAGCAAAUGUCCAGACCCUCCUGUGAAUGGUGAGGAUGUCUGCACUGUCCCUGCGGAUGUUGUACUUCCCUCCUAAAUACCUCGGUUGCCUUUACCUCUUGGGUCUCUUCCCCCCCCCCAACUCCCUUCCUCAGGGCUGACACUGACGAGAUGCCCCAGCUCCACUGAUGACUGAGGGUAAGCCCAUCACUUCCUUUAACCCGGUUCCACGCUGCAGGGCCGGGAGCCAGGCUGAGAAGGAAGGAUCAGCCCCCCCACUUUCCUCAGCCCCAGGCAUGAGAGCUUUUGGAGGCGUAUGGUGUCACUUCUCACACUCAGCCUCUUCAGCCCAGCUCCCUGUAAUGGUGGGAGACAGCGCUGGGGGCGUGGGAGGUAGUGAGGGGAGAUCUGAGCCCAGCUUGCUGCUGGGUGGGAGGGGAACCGAGCCAGGCUCCCAUUCAUUAGAGUUUUAACCCCAUCCCUGCUGGCUCCACACUAGCUGCCAUGUGCCGGGAGUCUGGUACCGCUGUGCCGGAAUCAGUGCAGAGCACAUCUGGCAUACCCAGCAACAUGGCACGUGUUUGGCAGCAGCGACAGUCAGGAGUGGUUACUGUGAUGAACAGCCCUGGGGCUGGAUUGCUGGUUUCACAGGGAGGGCUGGCUCACAAUUCGUUAACUGUCUCUAAGUGUUAAGUGUCCAGUAGCUUCUCGCAGAUGUGCUAAGGGACCUGCUUCCCUUUGGCUAGGGGGCAAGAAAUCCCCACUUUGGGGAGCAGGGGAGGCAGAUGGCAUCAGACACAAUCCCCAUCACCCUCGCCCCUGAGAGUGUCGGGUGCAGCCUGGUGCCUGAGAGUGGCUGGCCUUGCCACUCCCAGUGCAGACAGCAGGUUGCUGGGGUACGGAGUACAAGAGAAGUCAGCAGGCUGGGGGUUCUGCAGCACUUGCGUGUGGACACACUUCGACAUCUCUCGAUAUUUUCCCUCCGAAUCUCGUGGCCUUGGAAGAUGCAUGUUCGCCUCCCUAUUGCGAUUACCCUGAGCUGGGCUGUUUGAGUCCAGUUGUGGCCGCCCCCCACACGGUGACAGAGGAGAUGCAGGCCCCUUUCCCAGACUGAGGAGGAACUGUAGGCAAGCCCAGGGGCUUUGUUUCUAAUCCUGGCAGAGUCCCUGACUUGCUUGUGACCGGGUGUUUGGUCUCUGUGCCUCAGUCAGACCCAGCUGGGUAAAACGCAGGAGCCCCCCUGAAAAUCUGAGCAGAGCUUUCCAGGGCAACCCCAUGGGGGGCAUUUAACUGGGCUUGCAGGGCAGGCUGACCUGGGGCAGCUGUGAACGUCUUGUUCCACCCCGCUGGGGUGUUUGCAGGAGGCACAGUGAGCAAUAGCCCUAAUUUCCCCCUUCCCCCCCAGGCUCCUACCUUGUGGAAAUGGCGUAACCCUGCCCAGCCCCUCACAGCUGCCAGGAGAGAGAUCAGCAGAAGGGGUCUGUAAACGGGUGGGCCCGGCCUUUGCCCUGGGGAGGAGACCCUGCCCUCUGUAAAUGGGCCUUUUCUUUCCGUGUGGUGCUGUCUGUGAAGUUUUACAACGCUGCUUUCCCUUGCUGGUUUUGAAAUGAAAGCUGUAAAUUCCACUCUGCCGUUUUAAAUAAAGGAACUGUCCCUGCAAA